CGAUCUCUCUGCAUUUGUGCACUUUUUUCUGAAGAGAAGAGCAGAGAAGAGAAAAGAAAAUAAAUUUACAUAGAUGGGUUUGGUCGUGGUGAUCUCUCUGCCUUUGAUUCUGUUCUGCCUCAUGCUUGGCUUCGGCUGCUACUUUCUGGGAAAGGCCAGAGGAAGGCAAGAUCUGCGCACCAAUGCUCAGGUCUACGGCAUGCCGACACCACCAACCGGCUGCCCUGCGGCUGCUGCUGCUGCGCCCGCAGCAUUCCCUUCCAAACCAGACUACUCUGCCAAUGUUUGAUUUGCAGGGUAGCUUUUAUUUACUUAACAGAUUCAUUGAUUCUUUCUGCCAUAUGUUUAAUCAAAUCAGUGUCUUGUGUGUCAAGGGGUUGUUGAAAUUUUAGUGGAGAAUGUAUAUAUUUGGGUUUGUAAUGUGUGAUGAAUUGAUGAUAAGGUUGAUGAUGAUAUAUAAUUGGAUUUU